CGUGCGUCAGGCGACCUGCGCCUCUUGUGUGUUGCAUGGCACGCCGCAGUGGCCCUUCCGACUCGGUCAAGAUCGCAACUGCUCGCGACCGCACCUUCUAAUUAGCCGCUGCUGAUUGCCGAUUGUUUCAGAUGGAUGGGGUCGGACGAGGAUUCGCGCUCCGUCGAAUGACCUGAAUACAACGCCUGUCUGAAGAAUGACCACCCCUACAUCUGGCGAACCUCUCUCUCCAGCUCAACAUGACGAUGAGGAGAGCGUCCCAAAAAAGUCCCAAGGGCUGUUCAAGCGGGGAGCAUUGUGGCGCGGCAUUUACCUGCCGUCGCUCACCAGCAGCUUCUGCUCGAGGCCUCUGGAGCUCGCCUACCAACGCUACUCGCACCGCCAACGCCAAAAAGCCCUCAUGAUUGUCAACUGCGUAGACCUGGCUGUCAAACUCGCACUGCUACUCACUGCCCUUCUCUCCGACAGCGAAAUGAAAAUAAAGCCGACAGAGAUUGCGUGGACGACAAUAUCAAUGGCAGCCAAUAUUGGUCUGUGCGUCCUUGGAGGUUGGCGUCUCUUCGCCAACCACUACCUGCAGUGGGGUGCUGUCGGUACUUGGUUGCUUCUCGACGCCCAAGGAUUUCUUGGGCAGGGUUUAGGCUUUGCUCCUGCAGCGGAGCUGGUGUGGUACGUGCUAUUCAUAGAGUUUGUCACUUACGCUAUGCUGCCUUUGCCCUUGCGAUGGAGUGUGUGCGCCGCUCUCAUCACAGCCGUCACUCACAUCGUCCUUAGCACACUGCCAGACCAGCUUUCCAUGGAGCGGGGCUGUGUAAUGAAGCGAGUAUUAGCAACCGUGGCACUGUACGCCGGAGUAAAUGCAGCCGGCUUCUACACAAAGUUCCUGACAGAUCGGGGCCAGAGGAAAGCCUUUUUAGAGACACAUCGCUCUCUGGAAGCCAGAAUUAAAACACAGCGAGAGACUGAGCGUCAGGAAAAGCUUCUCUUGUCAGUACUUCCAGAUUUUGUGGCCCGAGAGAUGAUAAGGGAUAUAGCACGUGAGGAAAAUGAUAAGGGCGCCUUCACCCCUAGUCAGUUUCACAAGAUUUAUAUCCACCGCUACGAGAAUGUGAGCAUCCUCUUUGCUGACAUAAAGGGCUUUACAGCUCUGGCGACGCAGUGCAGCGCACAGGAGCUGGUCAGAGUGCUGAAUGACUUGUUUGCCCGAUUCGAUAAGUUGGCGUCGGAAUGCAAAUGUUUGCGGAUAAAAUUGCUGGGAGAUUGCUACUACUGUGUGUCAGGUUUGCCAGAGCCACGAUCUGAUCAUGCUCAGUGUUGCGUGGAAAUGGGACUUCACAUGAUUCGAGCCAUCAGAGCUGUGAGGCUCAAGACGCACGUUGAUUUAAAUAUGAGAAUCGGCAUUCAUUCCGGAUCCGUGCUGUGUGGCGUACUAGGUUUGCGAAAGUGGCAAUUUGAUGUGUGGUCUUACGACGUAACACUGGCUAAUCACAUGGAAAGUGGAGGAAUUCCGGGGAGAGUACAUAUUUCAAAGGCAACGUUAGCAUGUCUUGACGGCGCUUAUGAAGUGGAACCUGGACAUGGAGAUACACGAGAUGGAUAUUUAAAAGAUCAUGGCGUUGAGACUUAUCUAAUAAAAGCAAAUGGUCCAAAAACAAGACGAUUGCUUACAAACACAAGAGCGAGGAUGUGGCAUGAUAGUGACAGCGGACCAAGUAAAACGCUUGAAUCACCACGUAUUAAUGAGCCUAGUUGCAGAGAACGACCGCCAAAACUUUCGCACAAAAAUAGUUCAGAUAGCGAGGAUAAAAUUAGCACAAUGGCCCAAGGGUCGAUGGAUGAGGAGACAAAUAAUGAGUGGACACCAGAAAUUCCAUUUGAAAAUCUUUCGGCUCCCCCACCUCUCGACGAAGAGACAACCACGACAAUGGUAGGCGGGUUAGUGGUCCUCGAGGUAGAAGAUGAUCCUGAGAGCUGUGAAGUAGUGGUAACCCCGGCACCUGGAAGCUCAAUGGCGCAAGAUGUCGACGAGCUCAUUGACCAUAGCAUAGAAGUGGACUCGAACAACAGAAUGAGAAGUGACUACGUGGACAGAAUUACGCUGAGGUUCAGAGACCAGGAAACAGAGGCAAUGUUUUCUCAAAGGCGAGAGGACAUGUUUAAAUCAAACAUGCUAAGUUGCUGUAUAAUUUGGUUCAGCAUUGUGUGCUGCCAGCUUAUCAUUUUGCCAAGCUCCCUUGCAUUGUUCUUGGGUCUUGGUAUCACUAGCCUGGCCAUGAUCGGUGCAUUUGUCUUGGUAAUGGCUGAAGAGUUUCCUUCAUUGCCGAAAAGCUUGCGAGAGUUCUCCAGCACUUUGACGCUGCAAAGAAACCAAAGAACCGCCCUGGCUGUAACUAUCAUAUGUCUGAUGGCUACUUCUGCCACCGUUAGCUUGGUGGUUUCAACUGAGGAUUUAGGAAAUUUUGAUAGUAUCGAGAGCAAUAGUACCAGCUCUAGCGUUAGUGCACUUUUCUUCUCAUUUUUGUUCGGAGCGCCACAACCUCCCAUUAUUUGCAAAGAUUGUGCUCCCUCAUCCUGCAAUGAUUCCAAUAACUCAAGGCCAAAAAGGACAGCAAGUCGAGAAGACGUAGUGGAGGCAAAAUUGUGCCGCUCUGCAGAGUUUGUAGUUUUCACGUGGGUGCUUACACUUAUCGCUCUGGCCUCCACUCUUAAACUGCACUACCUGGUAAAAACUUGCCUGGCUUUUGUCUUGGUGGCAAUUUACAUAAUCACAAUCAUGGUCGGCUAUCCAUCAGUUUUUCAGUUCAACAACCAAAUCGAGAUAAACGGUUGGCUGCCCCUGUGGUCGCAGAUGCUCAUGCUGCUGCUACUUUUUUUGGUGGCCGUCAGCUAUCACGCUCGGCUCGUCGAGGUGACAGCUCGUUUGGACUUUCUUUGGGCGCAAGCUGCAGGCCGUGAACUUGACGAAAUGGCAGAAACACGGCGUUCCAACGCAGCAUUAUUGACUAACAUUUUGCCAGGACACGUGGCAGCCCAUUUUCUCAAUGAAGAAGCGCGAAAGACCGACGAGCUCUAUUCGCAGGCCAGAGAUUUGGUAGCCGUGAUGUUCGCCUCGAUACCAAGUUUCACGCACUUUUACUCCGAGGAUAUAAACAAAGGAAUGGAGUGCAUACGGCUGCUGAAUGAGAUCAUUGUGGAUUUUGAUGAACUUUUGGACGAGCCGAGAUUUAGCUCUGUUGAGAAGAUUAAAACAGUCGGCUCAACUUACAUGGCGGCAGCUGGUCUGAACCCUGAAGAAAAAGAAGGCCCUGAAAGCCCUGUUGAUGUGGAGUAUCCACGACCACACGAAGCACUGUGCUCUCUUGUUGAGUUUGCCGUAGCAAUGCAGCAGAGGCUUGACGAACUCAACAUGCACUCGUUCAACAAUUUCAAGCUCAGGGUUGGCAUAGCUUGCGGCCCAGUUGUGGGAGGAGUGAUCGGUGCUCGCAAACCUGUGUUUGACGUCUGGGGCAACACUGUGAACGAAGCCUCUAGAAUGGAUUCAACUGGGUUAGAAGGAAAAAUCCAAGUCCCACGAGACACUGCAGCUGAGCUGGAGAGAUGUGGCUUCCGAGUUCAGCAAAGAGGAAUAGUUCCUGUUAAAGGGAAAGGAGAGAUGGAGACUUACUUCGUUCUAGGCAGGGAAGAGACGCCCAAAGCUGGUCUUGCCAGGACACCCACUGCGCCAAGCAGCCUGGCUGCCGUUGUGUAUGGAUUGGUGCAGGCUAAGAGGAGGCACACGAUCAAAAGGCCAGGUGGCAGGGCGCCAAGUAUUUUAGUAAAAGAAUCGAGUCCUGUGCAUCCGAGUCCAGUUCUCAGCAAAUCACACCUGCGUCCUCCAGAUAUGAUUGCUCCGGAGCUGACUGCGUCAGCCCAAAGCAUAGCAUCUGUGCCAUCAGGCAGACUUUCCACUUUCAGCAGCCUGAGACUGCCUAAUUCACAGAAAAACUCGGGUCAACCAAGACGAAUAGGACCACGAGGACGGAGAAACACUACCCAAAGCCAUCCAAGUAAACCUGCCCGGCUACAUUCGCCUGGGGAGGAAUUCACACUGGCACAGAAUGGUCAUAGCCAACCAGAGUUAUCCACCACGAACAAUGAACUGUGAUAGUAAAAUGUUGAGUGUCUGAAAACUAUAUGAAAGCAACAAUCUUGCCUAACACACCCAAAUUAAUGUCAAUGUAAGGUGUUUACUAUGGUCCAGACAUUAUUCAAUGUGCUUUAAAACGUAAUAAAAGUUGUGCAAAAUGCUUUGGAAUAAAAAUAAUUUUCAAA